AGCGUGGGGUAGAAAUGAAUUUCCAUGCAGUGUUUAUUCCAACUUCUAGUGUGGCUCCCUGAACUACAGAGGCUGGAAAUCUAAAGACCACAUUUUUUGGCCUCCCCUAGGGUUCUGGAUGCAAAACCGAUUCCACCAGUAGAUGGACCCGCAUGCGAAGGAAGCCAUCAUCUUGCAACUUUGUCCUCUCUCUGCCCUAGCUUUCUAGUUCAGCCCUAGUUUUGAGCUGAGAGGGAGUUGGAGCGGUGGCUCUCUCACCCUUGGUUGGCAGCUGGAACAGAAAGUUCUUGAAGUCAGCCAUUUUAGCGGCAACUUUCUGAUUCCUGCCUUCCUGAUAUCAUGAAGGUCGCACCCCCUGGCAGGCCAGGUCUGCAGCCCUGCUCAUUUUUCUAGGAAUUAUUCCAGGACAUCUAGCCCAAAGGCAGCCUUUCCAGCUAUGUUAUAAUUAGAUAAAUCUUUCUAUGCCUAGAAUAGCUGAUUUGUUGUUUCCCUCACAGAACCACAACUGACAUAAGGGUUCAGGAGCAAUUUGGGCGCCAGCUUGUGCUGAAGGAGAAAAUACAUUUUAAGGGAAAAAGAUACAUUUUAUGACAAGUUGAAUGAAAAUGAUUCAGAGGCAUUGAUAUUUCCGGUUGCUUGGAAUCCAUCUGAAUUUCAGACUGAAGAGGAGAAAUAAUUCGAACAACUCUGCCAAACCUAAAACACAGCUCAGGUCCCCAAGUAGGAAUGUACCAUGGUCACAGAUCUCCUCACUUUCAUGAAGAUGUGCAAAUAUACUAUGGCUUUAAAAUUGUCCUACAGUGGAUCUCCUUCCUCCACGAGCCUUGUCUCGAUGGGGAUUCGAGGAGUGAGGGGCAGGAAUUCAAUCUGCCUGCUUGUGGACUUUCAGCCUGAUGCACGCUUUCUCAUUCUGGUAGCAGCUCAGUCUUUCCAAUUCCUCCCCUUUCUCCACAAUAUCUGGGUGCACAGGGCCGUGCAGCCCAGUUGUGGCCCGGCCCUCUGGCUCCGAUUCCGCUUGUAAAGUGGCUUGUUUGGCCUGCUGCCUCGACUAAGGACUGCUGAGGACCACUGGGCCCAUCUAGGGGUUGGGGCACCACGCUCUCACCCACUGGUUGAACCUGUGACUCCAAUCAUUGCCCUCUCAUCACAAAUCCCCCUUCAUAGUGGCUUCUCGCUUCUUCCCCGAGGCCCCUAUAGGUCUGCCGGUCUUCGCGGGACGCUCGCGUCCCCAGCACUGGCUGUGCAGGAUUUCCAGAUCCUUGGCAUGGGUACAGCAGGCUGUGGGGCCAGGAGCCUGCGCCAGGCCCAAGAAUCCAGUCACACCCUCUGCCAGUGACCCACGCUGCCAUGUCGAUGAGGAGUCCAUGUGAAUGUGGGUGUUUCCUGGCCUCCCCAGUGGAGCCCAGGCAAAUACUCCUCUGCUGUCAGCUUUCCUCUGAACACAUCUAUGUACCUGUUCUCUUGGCUCCCCAUCUAUUGGGAUGGAAGGUGUGACGUUUUCACCUCUUCUCAGGGAAUUUCUCUGCAUCAUAAUCUACUCCCUUCCAAAUAGUCAAAUCGAACACCUGACGGUCAGGCAGGACUUUGCAGAGGAGGGUAACGUGAUUAGGAGGAAACACUUAGAUGGUUAGGGCGGGUGAGUCAGAAAGGGACAGCUGGAGCCGGAGAGUCCUAGAGGAAGGUUGUAGGAAAGGUGGUUUCGAGUUACCAUGCUGGGCAGGGAUUUGGCAAACGGCACAGUUCGGCGUAGCGUUCAGGGAGCAGGCUUGGAACCCGCCCAUCUCCUGGCUUUGUGACCUUGAGCAAGUUACAUAACUUCUCCAGGGCUCAAUAUUCUUGUUUGUAAGGCGGGGAUCAUAAUGGCACUUACCUCAGUGGUUUGUUGUGUUAUAGGAAAUAAUACCUAUGAAUGCACAUCAGGCACCGGGCACAGCCUAACACACGGCACGGCCACCAUAACCAAGGCUGUCACGAGACUCUCGAAUACUACUGCUCUGAGUACAAAGAGGGAAAGCCAGCCGUGAGUACCACCCGAAUGCAAGUCGUUACUCAUAUUAUGAUGUCAGGCAGGAGAGGCUGGAGAAAGUUGGAGGGUACAGCCUCGUCUCCACUCUGAGGCACGUGUGAAGUCUGAGUGGAUAUGGACAAGGAACAGGAAGUGGAAAGUGAUAGAGCUGGAACCCUGGAAGAUCCGAACAUGAGUCCAGAGAAACAAGAAGAUGAUCAAGGUGACGUUAAUGAAAGCCCAUUAUUACAGGGCCUGUCCAGCCACGUGACUCCCCUGGUCCCAGAAUUCUUGGACACAGCACACAUCCAGGAGAAGGCCUCGGCUUCGGAGGCCGACAACAUACAACACAUGCCUGCAAAGCAAUCCAAAGGUCCACAGCUCAAGGUCAUAUUCCCACCGGCACAGGGUGGUAACAUCUUCAAUUUCUCAGCAAUGACCAUGCAACCCAAGCAGGCUGGCACCCCCGGUUUUUCAGCAAAAAUCAUCCCUCGCGAGCAGGGCAGUAUCCCCAAUUCUUUAGCAAAAAUGAUCCUGCCCAGGCAGGCUGAUACCCCCAAUUCUCCAGAAAAAAUUAUCCCGCUCAAGCAAGCUGGCAUCUCCAAUCCCUUAGCAAAACCCAUUCCACCCAAACAGGCUAACAUCCCAAGUUUCUCAGCAAAAUCCAUCUCACCCAAGCAGGUUGACACCCCCAGCUUUUCAGCAAAAAUCAUCCAACCCAAGCAUGGCAGUAUCCCCAAUUCUUCAGCAAAAAUGAUCCUGCCCAAGCAUGGCAAUGCCCUCAAUUUCCCAACCAAAAUCACCCCACCCAAACAGGCUGAUACCCCCAAUUCCCCAGCAAAAAGCAUCCCACCCAAGCAGACUGACACCCCAAAUUUUUCAGGAAAAAUCAUUCUACCCAAGGACAGUGACACCCCCAAUCCCUCAGAAGAAAGGAUCCCACCCAAGCAGGCUGAUACCCCCAAUUCCCCAGCAAAAAGCAUCCCACCCAAGCAGACUGACACCCCAAAUUUUUCAGGAAAAGUCAUUCUACCCGAGGAGAGUGAUACCCCCAAUCCCUCAGAAGAAAGGAUCCCACCCAAGCAGGCUGAUAGCUCCAAUUCUUCAGAAAAAAUUAUUGCACCCAAGCAUGGUGACACUCCCAGUUCCUCAGAAAAAACCACCCUGCUGCAGGAGGAUGGAAUGUCUACUUCCUUAGAAAAAAACAUCCCACCCAAGCAGGAUAACAUCCCCAUGUCCCUGGCCAAAACCAUCCUGCCUAAGCAGGGCAAGAGUCUCAAGUUCUUAGCAAAAUCCAUUCUGCCCAAACAGGCCAACACCCCUAAGUUCUCAGCAAAACCUUUCCUGUCUAAACAGAUCAACAGCCCCAAGCUAUUAGUGAAAUCUACCCUGUCCAAACACAUCCCCAACCCCAAGUCCUCCGAAGAAAACAUCCUGCCCAGAGAGGGUGACACCAAGUGCUCAGAAGACAGCAUCCAGCCUAAGGAAGGUGAUAUCCCCAAGUCCUCAAAAGAAGCCAUCCCGCCCAUAGAAGGAGACGUCCUGAAGGCAUCAGGGUCAAUGGAGCUUCUGGAGGUGGACUUGGUGAAGAUGAUCCUAAGCAAGGAGGACUUCGAGUUGGCGCUCAGGGAGGCUGGGGAGAGGCUGGUGGCCGUGGACUUCUCAGCCACGUGGUGUGGGCCCUGCAGGACCAUCAAGCCCCUUUUCCAUUCCUUGUCUGUCAAGUACGAGGACGUGGUGUUUCUGGAAGUGGAUGCUGAUGAGUGUGAUGAGCUGGUGAAGGACCUUGAGAUCGUGUGCAUCCCAACCUUUCAGUUUUAUAAGAAAGAAGAAAAGGUGGGCGAAUUUUGCGGCGCCGUUACAGAAAAACUCGAAGCGAUCAUUGCAGAGUUAAAGUAAUUGUGGAUUCUGAAAGCAUUUUAGACAGUCGGCUCGUGAUAGUUUGUGAUUGCUUUUUUAUUUACCAAAAAAGGCGAGGCGUAACAAAAGUGUGUGUCUGAAUGGCCCCCUGCUCAUAAAUUAUUAAGUAUUAACUCCACCUUUUCGAAAAGUGGUAAAGCACUGAAACCUACUGUGACCAUGUUUUCAUUGGUAGGAAAGGGUGAUAGUAAAAUUUCCUUUGGUGGAGAUUGGGAGUCCACCUGUCUCGUAUUUUUGUAUUGUGAUUUGUUUGGGAACUCACCCUUGGAAAUCCAGCUCAUUUGGUGUUUGUGGCAACAGUGGAAAUUUAGACAGUUCUUCGGUACAAGUACAUGAUUGAAAGAUGAGUGGAGACUUCUUUUCUCAUGCUCACAUAUCUUUUGGGGUUUCUGAUAGGAUACUUUGGGAAACACAGAAUUUGAAAGAUCCACAGAUCAUACCUAACCUCCUCUGGGUGCAGGGAGUGCUCUGGAGGACUCUGGAAAUCCCAUGGCUUCACCCACCCCGCGUGGGAUUCGUGGCUGGCACAGCCAAGCUCCAAGCCAGCUUCCCAGAUCUCGAGUGCAGGCCUUUUUCUACUAAUCGCGCCCACAAAAACCUCGACAGAGCCCAAAGCUUCUGGUUUCUCAGACCGAGCGCUUUAUUACUCAGGUCAAAGUCAGGGCGAUCCUCAGUGCCAUUAUGACAUCAGCUCCCCGGUGGCAGAUUUCUUACUUUGUCUCCUGGUAACUGGGUUUCUAAAACCUGCUCCCAGAUGUCUCAGAGCCCAAAGGCCCAGGUCUGGGUCACAGAUGGUGGCUUGGUCCAGAGUUUUGUGUUUACAAAAGAAAAAUGUGUAUGGGAUACACACACCUAUACUAGCAAAUAUUUAAUGUAUACGAUUUGAUGAGUUUGGACAUAUGCAUGGACUUAUGAUAUUACCACAAUCAAGAUAAUAAACAUACCCAUCGCCUCCA